CGGCGCGCCGCCGCCCGUACGCCGUCGUCCAGGGGCACCGCCGGCCACCGGCGCGUCCUUCCUCGCCAUCCACGGCACCGAUCCAGUUCUUUCAUGGGUACAUGGUCAGGUAAAAUAGGCAGCAGGGGAUGGAAUUUUCUGCCCUUCUGACCUCGGCGGGCAUAAACAUCGCCUUCUGCGCGCUGUUCCUGUCGCUCUACUCCAUCCUCCGCAAGCAGCCGCACAACUACAGCGUCUACUUCGGCAGGCGGCUCGCCGAGGAGAAGUUCAGGCAGCAGGUCGACUACUUCUCCUUCGAGAGGCUCCUGCCCACCGCCGGAUGGAUCGUCAAGGCUUACUGGUGCACCGAGGAGGAGAUCCGGCGGGUCGCCGGACUCGACUCCGUCGUCUUCCUACGCCUCUUCAUCUUCAGCAUACGCAUCUUCUCCAUUACCUGCCUUGUUUGCCUCUUUGGAGUGCUCCCUGUCAACUACCAUGGCCAAGAAAUGAACCACACAUAUAUUCCAGAGGAGUCGCUGAAUGUUUUCACCAUUGCCAAUAUGAAGGAAGGAUCAGCAAUGCUCUGGGUCCAUUGCGUUGCUCUAUAUGUUAUAACCAUCUCGGCCUGUGUUCUUCUUUUCCAUGAGUACAAGUAUAUCGCGAGAAAAAGAUUAGCGCAUGUUACUGGAUCACCGCCAAACCCUGGACAUUUUUCGGUGCUUGUUCGUUCGAUUCCAAAGUCAGGCAACGAGCUGCUUGAUGACACUAUCAGAAAUUUCUUUGUUAACUAUCAUGGAUCCAGUUACUUGUCACAUCAGAUGAUCUAUCGAAAAGGAAAUCUGCAGCAAUUUGUGGAUAAUGCAGAGAGGGCAUAUAGGAAAUUCGUGAGGGUAAAACUUUCAGUGUUCGACCAGAAUGUGCGGUCCAACUUGAACAGAUGUGGUCUCUGCGGCGUACGAGCCUCCUCGUUCCAGCUCUACCGCAAUAAGUUUGUUGAUGCCAAGAAGUCAGACCUCAGUGAUCCGGAAGUAGUUGAAGCUCAAAAGGACUGUCCAGGCGCCAUAGUGUUCUUCAAGACCCGGUAUGCGGCGAUCGUGGCCUCGCAGGUGCUCCAGUCCUCGAACCCCAUGCUGUGGGUGACCAACCUUGCCCCGGAACCGCGUGACGUGUACUGGUCCAACCUGUGGGUCCCCUACAGGCAGAUCUGGCUCCGGAAGAUCGCCACGCUGGCGGCCAGCGUGGCCUUCAUGUUCGUCUUCAUCGUCCCCGUUGCCUUCGUCCAGAGUAUGAUGCAGCUGGACCAGCUCAAGGAGAUGUUCCCAAACCUCAAAGGCGCACUCAAGAUGUCGUUCUGCGUGAGAGUCGUAACGGGGUACCUCCCUAGCGUCGUCCUGCUGCUGUCCCUGUACACGGUUCCUCCGCUGAUGAUGCGCUUCUCGUCGUUCGAAGGCUCCAUCUCUCGCAGCGGGAGGAAGACGAGCGCCUGCACCAAGAUCCUCUUCUUCAACAUCUGGAACGUCUUCUUCGUCAACGUGCUGUCAGGGUCCGUGCUCAACCAGCUCAACGUCUUGACUAGGCCCAAGGACAUGCCGUCUAUGCUUGCUGAACUGGUGCCGAAGCAGGCGACAUUCUUCAUCACGUACGUGCUGACAUCAGGCUGGGCGAGCCUGUGCUCCGAGAUACUGCAGGUGUACAACCUGGUGUACAACUUCUUCAGGAAAUGCGUAUUCUGUCACCAGGACAACCCAGAAUACGCCUACUCUUUCCCUUACCAGACCGAGGUCCCAAAGGUCCUCCUCUUCAACCUGCUGGGCUUCGCCUUCGCCAUCAUGGCGCCGCUCAUCCUGCCCUUCUUGCUCGUCUACUUCUGCCUCGGCUACUUGGUGUACCGCAAUCAGAUCCUGAACGUGUACUACCCCAAGUACGAAAUGGGAGGGAAGCUGUGGCCGGUGAUGCACAACACGAUAGUGUUCUCCCUGGUUCUCAUGCAGGUGAUAGCGCUGGGCGUGUUCACCAUCAAGAAGUCCCCCGUGGCCACCGGCUUCACCAUCCUGCUCCUCAUCGGCACCAUCCUCUACAGCGAGUACUGCCGGCAGCGCUUCUCCCGCAUCUUCCACUCCUACUCCGCCCAGGACCUUAUAGAGCUGGACAGAGACGACGAGCAGUCCGGGAGGAUGCAGGACAUCCACCAGCACCUGCUGGACGCCUACUGCCAGACGCCCCCAGGGACCGGCGGCGGCGACAACGGCCAAGUCCCGAUCGAGAUGAUCAUGGAGGACCCGGCGCAGGAGGUGUCGGAUUCCAGCCAGGAGCUGUGCGACACGGUGCAGGAGGUGUCAGAUUCCAUCCAGGAGCACAUCGACGACAAGUGAAGUCAAGAAACGGAAAUACUGAUAACUGUAUCCUGUGUGUCGUUCCGGCGUCUUGAAUCAUACCGUAGAGUUAGCCCGGCCGAGAACGUAGUAGCCUCCUCUUGCCCGUCUCCAGGUAUAUUAACGAUUUGUACUGUCCUGCCGCCGCCAUUCCGACGCAUCGUCGGGAGGUGCUGGCAGGUACAGGUUUGUUUGGAAUUUGGAGGGAGCUAACUGUGUAGAAUAGAAAAUGGUUAAAGCUGUCACGGCCGAUGGCAAGCUAACACGUACGAACUUUUAUGUCCC